GGGGGGCGUGGCCUAGUGGGGUCUCAGUUCCGGUUGGAAGUUUUGCCUGUAGCUGUCCAUGGACCGCUUCUCGUGGUGCUCCGGGCUGCUGGACAUUGAUGAGACCCUGGUGAUCCAGCAGCGCGGUGUCCGGCUCUCUGAUGGGGAGGACAAGGUGGGAGAAUGAUAGGAUGGGAGAUUUAUUCCCUCAGUGAUGGGCUGACACCAUGACACACAAUACAAGUCAUGCCAGGUGUAUUGGUCCACACCUGGCUAUUGCUAUUUCAUUACAACAUGAUCAUUAUUGCUGGAAAAUUGAUAAAGUAUGGUCACACUAAUUAUAUGAUCAUUAGUAAAGCUCUGUGGGGUGCUCAUCAACACCUAAUUAAUAUCUAUUAUUUAUUAAAGGAUUCUAUACAUUUCCAGCUACUAAGAUGUGGAUACAGCAUUAUUAUCAUUUAUUACACAAUGGACUCGGGUUAAGAUUGGCCAGAGCCUAGACAGGAUAUACAGCCCCCGGAUCCAGAGCCUGAUCUCAUGAGGGGCACUUGUAGAUUUAAAGAAAUAAUCCAGGCACAAUAACCACUACAGCUCAGUGUAGUAGUUAUGGCACCAGUAGUGCCAGGAUCCCAUCCCAGAGUAAGUAGUCAAACCGUUUAAGAACAGUUUGACAACUUACCUGGGGUCUGCUGGGAAAUAGGGCAUAGGAGCAGUGGUGUGUGUUAGGGGUCCAGUGUGUGCGAGUGCGUGAGGGCGGCAGUGUAGGUCAGGGUUGCAGUGUGUGUGUGUAUGGGGACAGUGUGUGUAUGGGGGGCAGUGUUUGUGGGGCAAUGUAUGUAUGGGGGGCAGUGUGUGUAUGGGGGGCAGUAUUUAUGGGCACAGUGUGUGUAGUGUGUAUGGGGGUAGUGUUUGUGGGGCAGUGUAUGGGGGGGGAAGGAGGCUUUUUUUUUAUUAAAAAUAAAUAUAUUGAUGUCCCCCCUUUCUUCUUACCUAUACUGGGAGGAGGAUGGACAUUUCUUCAUCCCUGGUGGUCCGGUGGGCAUUCCCUGGUGGCCCAGUGGGGAGAGUGAACUCUAGCCCGCGCUGCAGGGUUAGAGCUCACUCUCGCGAGAUUUGGAGCAUUGCCGUGGUAACCGCGGCAACGCUCCAUGCUCGCGAGAGAAGGACCCGGAGGAGCUGCAGGUAAGAGCUCCCGGGUCCGCUCUCCCUCCCCUGCCUGCUGUCAGCACAGUGCCUGCGGACCGGGGAUGGAGAUCACUGAUCUCCUUCCCCGGUUCGCAGGCACAUUGCAGGGCUGGCACUUGGACAACGCCAGCCCUGCAUUAGCCGGCAGGGGAGAAUCUCGGGGGGGGGGCGCAAUUGCCCCGUUGCCCAUCCCCUGGAUCAGCCACUGGUGUACGGUCAUUGCCCCCCUUAGUCCUGCAAUGUAAAACUUUAUAGUGUUUGAGAACAUAACCAGUGGAGUCUCUUCGUGAAGUUUCGUGGAGUUUGGCUCUGGUAAACAAUGCUGCAUGUCCUCACGCUCUGCAUGAGGACAUCCAGCAUCAGAGAAAACCCCAUAGGAAAGCACUGGGGCAAUGAGGACUAAUGAGCACGGCAAUUGAGCGCAUGCACAUUAGGUCCCCCCCCCCCCCAAUGGCUGACGUCGGAGCGCGAACCAGUGCCGAGAGAGAUUGGUGCCGGAAUCGCGUAAGUGAAUAAAGGGUUUAUUUUAACCCUUUAUGUGCCACAGUGGUGGUGGCGGGGGCAGAGGACACUAUAACGUUAGGAAUAAAACUUUGCAUUCCUAACACUGUAGUUUUCCUUUAAGAGCUCACCUGUGCUCUCAACACUCAGUCAAUGACUGGCUGCAGCAUUCUGAGUCAUUGAGAAGCGCCCUGGGACUGCGAGGAAGCUAUUAACGUUAAAGGGACACUAUAGUCACCAGAACAACUACAGCUUAUUGAAUUUAUUCUGGUGAGUAGAAUAUUACCUUUAGGCUUUUUCCUGUAAACACUGUCUUUUCAGAGAAAAUGCAGUGUUUACAUUACAGCUUUGUGAUAACUUCACUGGCCACUCCUCAGAUAGCUGUUAGAGAUCCUUCCUGGGUCAUGGCUGCCUAAGAUGCAACCAAACAUUCAGUAUCUCCUCCCUCUGCAUGCAGACACUGAACUUUCCUCAUAGAGAUGAAUUGAUUAAAUUCAUCUCUAUGAGGAGAUGCUGAUUGGCCAGGGCUGUGUUUGAAUCAUGUUGGCUCUGCCCCUGAUCUGCCUCUUUGUCAGUCUCAGCCAAUCCUAUGGGGAAGCACUGUGAUUGGAUCAGGACACCACUUCUGAUGAUGUCUGCAGACUGCUUGUUGUUUUUUUUUUUUUAGGCAAACAGCAUGCAGAUCUACAGAUUCAGGCUUGAAUACAGUAAGAUUUUGAUAUAUUAAUGGAGGCAUGAGAGGCCCAAGGAGGCUAGAUGGUGGUUGUAAACCUAUAGGGUCAGGAAUACAUGUUUGUGUUCCUGACCCUAUAGUGAUCCUUUAAAUGCACCUUUGUUAAAAACACAGGGUGAUGAUAAAAUUAAUUGUACUCUCAAAAAGUUGCUAUUUCCUCCAGUGAUAGUUACUAGUACUCCAAUGUGAAGCAUGUCCUGGUCACCGGCAAUCAGUCAAACACCUGCAGUGAGCAAUUCAGACUUUAUUACCCUUACUGGUUUGCUACUUUGUGUUAAAAUUCUUUCCAUAGCAAAGCACUAAAAUAUGCUGCGUACUAGGGCACUUGAGGUAUUACACAUGGAUAAUUUGACACACUCAUGCUCUGCCAUUAUUAUAAAUUCGUAAAUUAUAAUAAUGUAAUUGGCUGGACAUUGUGAAUGCUCUUCCUUGUUGCAAUGUGAGCACAAACACAGUAGGGAGUCUGCAAAGUUGAAACUGACCGCUUAGCUACAAUUCCCUGAAAUGAUAAAUACAGCUAUAUGAAUGAACUCCUGUACUGCUGUAUUUGUGGAGGAAAAAGGAAACACUUCAGAUUGCAGGGUAGGAUUGUAGAGCUAAGCAAGAAAACAAAUCCAACUUAAAUGAUUACUUCAAGCACCAGAACUACUUUACUGAAGUGGUCAUGGUGCCUGGAGUCUAAUAGCGUAGAGUUUGGCUUUGAAAUACAACACAUACAGAGAUUAAACCUUCUGCUGCUGGUGUUGUAACUUCGUCUCUGAUAGUGUCUUCGGGGCACCGUUAGCCAGCACAGAGCAAGAGGUCUGUGUGGCUAAUGUGAGUUCUGGGCAAAUUUGGUAUCUGGCACCACUCAGCCAAUGAUGGCAUGCCACUUUCGUGCUGCCCACUCCCUCCCCGGCCAUCCACUUUCUUUUUAUUAGUUCCAUUACGUUUUAGAUGGUAAGGAUUCCUCACUUCCUAACUUUUAAUAGAAAACGUGAAUGCCCAUAUAGGAAAUCUGUAUGCAUGCUGUACUUUCCACAUAGUAUUACCUUUCUUAUCAAAACUGUGAAUUAGAAACAGUGGUCCCUGCCCAUAUAUUUAGCAGUUUCUGUAUAAUUUCAAUUCAGUCAUACAAUUCCACCUUGUAUCAUGUUUAAAGCCACAGACUGGAUUCAGAGUGCUGCCAAUUUUAGGCUAUUUUGUAAUCAUUGCAGAUUGAAUUUUGGUUUGGGAUUUUACUACAUGUAUGUUUUAGAUAUCUGUAGAAUACCUGAUCAUCCUAAGGUGUCCAAAUAAGCAUUAUGAGACAAUGUUCUUGUAACACACAGACAUUAUAAAUUGUUGCUUGGUAAACUACCUCUAGGUGGUGGUGUAUGUCUGCAGCACAUUUUUAUUUUUAAUAUUUUAAACUGCCAGUUUCAUGAGAAGUCAGCAUUUUUUUAUUAUUAUAAAGUAUCUGCGUUGCAUCUUCACAUCUGUCAAUCAGACAGCAAAAAGGGUGCUCCUCACUCACUUUGUGAUGCACCGCAAACAGAUGUAAGGGCUUAAUGUUUUAAUGCUUCUCUAUGAGAGUGGUCCAUCAAAGCUCAGACUUUAAGCCCAUAGAGAUGCUGUGGAAUGAUCUUAAGAGAGGUGUUCACACCAAACAUUCUAAAAAUAUGACUGAGCUGAAGCAACUCUAAAGAAAAGUAGUGUCCAAAAUUCUUCCUGAAUGUUGUGCAGAUCUAAUCCGCAGCCACUGGAAACGCUUGAUUUAGGUUAUUAACUAGCUAUUAAAUCCAAGUGUUCACUUACUUUUUCCACAGCACUGUGAAUGUUUAGUGGGAUGUGUUUAAUAAAGACAAGAAAUAUAAUUGUUUUUGUUUUGUUAGCUUAAAGGGUAAACAUUACCCUAUAGAAGGCAUAUGCAACCUUUGGCACGCCAGAUGUUUUGGACUAUACCUCCCAUGAUGCUUUGCCAGCAUUAUCGGUGUAAGAAUGUUGUGGGGGAUGUAGUCCACAACAUCUGGAGUACCGAAGGUUGCCUACCCCUGCCCUAUAGUGUUAAAAGGCUGUUCUCACGCUCUGCAUUAGGACCUCCAGCGUCAUAUUUGUCCCCAUAGGAAAGCAUUGAUUAAUCUCCCUUACACUAAAUAAAACUUUAUUUUUAGUCAAUGCUUUCCCAUGGGUUUAGAAGAUACUGGACGUCUUCAUGCAAAGUGAGAGGAUGUCCAGCGUUGCUUCACGGGGUCAAACUCUGUGAAAGGCCAGGAAGCGCCUCUAGUGGCUGUUUGGGAAACCGCUACUAGAGGCUGUCUCAACCCUGCAAUGUAAACAUUGCAGUUUCUCUUAAACUGCAAUAUUUGCAGCUUCAGGGCUAGGGAGGCAGGGAAAGUGCACCCAGACCACUUCAGUAAGUUGAAGUGGUCUGGAUACCUAUAUUGUCCCUUUGUGCCCAUUGUGCUUGUCUAUACUUGUGACUUUGAUGAGAGAAAUAAAGAUUAGAUGACAUUUUAUAACCAAUUCAUGCAGAAAACAAACUAAUAUCAGAGAGUUCACAUACUUUUUGUUGCCACUGUAUUAAGGAGUGGCAUUUGUUUGUGUGUAACUAUCCUUUCUUUUGUUUUCUAUGAUUAUGUAUAUGUUAGCACAGUUCAUGCUAAAUGUCUCCUAGUUGUCUUUAACAUUAUAUUUAUAUUCUUUCUAGACGAAAUUUGAUUCUGGAGCACUCCUUCUGACAACACACAGACUUCUUUGGAGAGAUCAGAAAAAUCAUGUAAGUAGUUGGAAGUCAGCCUGUUUUUGCUAACUGUAUUGAAAUUAAGUCAAGUUUCAUUAAAGGGACACUGUAGGCACCCGGACCACUUUAGCUCAUUAAAGUGGUCUGGGUGCUGUGUCCCUAUUGCACUUAGUGCUGCAAUGUAGAACAUUACAUUGCAGCUCUAAGUUUGCCCUAAGUCUACAUCUACCAGACAGCCGCUAGAGGCUUUUUGGUCCGUUAUCUGACGCUGGACGUUCUCACGCUCUGCAUGAGGACUCCAGCGUCAUAUUUUUCCCCAUAGGAAAGCAUUGAUUCAUUUGCCGUGCAUGCGCAUUUGACCCCACUCGUCGCAGGACGGAGGUGGGUGCGAAGCUUCGACCCGGUGCCGAGGGACAUCGGUGCUGGGAUAAGGUAAGUAAAUAAAGGAUUUUUAACCCUUUACUUACUGGGGGAGGGAGGGAGGCAGAGGGAUCGGUAGUGCCAGGAAUACAGCUUUGUAUUCCUGGCACUACAGUAUCCCUUUACUAUAGAUCAAUAUAGUGAAGGAAAGCAUUGGAUUGGCUAAAAAUCAGCCAUUUUGAGGAUGCCACAAAGGGGGCGGAGCCAGCACCGACAGACCCGUGCGGCACUGGAAAUAAGGUGAGUUUUAAACUAUUAUAGGGGGACAAACCACCUAAAUGGUGGGUUAAACACUAUAGGAUUAGGAAUACAUGUUUGUGUUCCUGACCCUAUAGUGUUCCUUUAAUGUAAUGUUUUUUCCUGGCUAUUUGCCUUGGCAGUAUUACAAUUGAUGGGAAAUUAAUCAAUGGGAUAUUUAAUUAUAGCACAUAUAAAUUCUGGUCCCUCCUUGAGAUCUCUCAUCUGAUCACAAGCAGCAAGAAUGAUCAAACAUAAAUCAAUGAGAGAAGAGGAGAUGGUGCUGAAUAAAAUAGCAAAGAAAAGAUAAUAUGGGGAAAGUGUACUUUAAGAAUAUCACUAGGAGAGCAAUUUCUUAAACAAUUCUAGAUAUUUAAUUAGAAUGAAUAGACAGGUCACUUUUAACAAAGUCAUUCACUCCUGAAGCUGACACAUGUAGCCAGCACUGCUUACCAAAUAUAUUAUGGGAUGACAAUGUAACUGCAGUGCAAUUGGCCUCUGAAUGGACUUUGACUAUUGAUAGCACCACUCUUGUACAGAAACUCUGGGAUAUACCUUUCUUAUAGUUGAUUAAACUCAAUCCUUUAUGUGCGCAGUCCAGACCCCUUCCCAUUUUCACUUUUCCCUCUGCUACCUAUAGAAGAGGAUGUCUGUUAAUUAGUCCAGCUUUGUAGUACUUCCUUCAUGGUGUAUAUAUGAUCUAGCGUCUUAAAUGGUCUGCAAAUUUUAGCUUCCUCUUCUAUCAUACCAGGAACCGUGAAAUCAUCUUCUAUCUUGUUAAAGCAUUCUUUUCUUUCCUGCUCCUGCACUCUUAACUCCUCUUAAAUGAACAACCUUUUAUGAGUUACCCUUUGAAGGCUUUUAUGAAUGCCUGCCAGAUCUAUUCCAUGAGAGAUGAUGAUAUAGAAGGUCUUUUAGGUUUUUCCUUUCUAUUUCUUCCUAACUAUUUCAGCCCAAUCAUUCAUUAAAUUUGUCCUUUUCAUGGAGUCAUUAUCCCUUCAUUAUUCAGGCUGUAGUGAUACAUAGGGCCACAAUCCGUAAGGCACUCUUUUGCUAAUAAUAAUAUGCAAGGCUUACCUCUUUAUUGCAUGAAAUGAUUGAUUGAUGAUGGGUGGAGGAAGAGAAGGCCAUUCUAAAAUAAAUGAAACAAAAAAUAAGAAACGUGUUCUUAAAUGUGUUCUAUAAUUAAGCAAUUUACUAUUGAUUUCCUGCCCUGUUGACUGAGAGGAGAUACAUCAGUGGUGAUGCUGCUGUGGUUUUAUAGGAAACACCUUUUUAUAAUGUUUGUUAAAAUCAUUAACGUAGCACUCAAACGUUAAAAAUAAAUAUAUUGUUAAUGUUGGAGUGUUCCUUUUAAGGAAUAUAUUUAUUAUUUUGUAUUAUGUGCCACGUUUUACUUCUAUUUAUUUUGUAACAUUAAGUCAAGAAUUGUUUGCAUUUACUUCCCGCUUAUUUCUUGUAGGAAUUCUGCAUUGCGAUUCCUCUUUCUCAGAUUGUUUUCACAGAGGAACAGGCAGGGGGCAUUGGAAAAAGGUACCGUCGUUUUAUUUAAGUUUGUAUUCAUUGGUAAUUUUUCCUAUAUAUAUUUAUUGUCUGGCUUAUCCACUUAAGCAUGUGCAGUAAUGCAGAUACACCUAUAUGUUCAAUAUACAGUUUAUCACCAAUAUGCAUCAUAAAACAGGGCUUGAGAAAUCCCAGGUCUCAAUGACGACUAGAAUUUUGUCCUAGCUGUCUGAGUGUGUCUGUCAGUGACUGGGUGUCAGAGAUUGUCUGUCAGAGAGUCUGUGUAUCUGUCUGAGAUUGUGUCUUUCAGUGAGUAUGCGUGCGUCAAAUCAGCAAGUGUUUCUGUCAGUAAGUGUUUUUCUCUGUUCUGUCAGUUAGUGUCUUAUUAGGUGACCGGCUGACCUCGCCUCCAUGGGUGAGUCAAUCCAACUCACCCAUGGAAGUGGAAUCUCAGCCAAGCCAGUGCUUUCCCAUAGGAAACCAUUGGGAGGCUAUUGGGCAACACUGAUCAGCAUCUCCUCAUAGAGAUGUGUUGAAUCAAUGCAUCUCUUUGGGGAUUAUUCAGUGCCUCAAUGCAGAGCGUGGAGACGCUGAAUAUAGGUGCUGCUUACUGUGCAGCACUAGACUAGGAAUCACCUCUGGUGGCCGACUGAGUGACUUUUACUAGAGGUUGGACUAUGCAGCAGUGUCAACACUGUCUUUGAAAAUGAGGGUCCAAAAUAGCCAUAUUACCAGGCCUUGGAGUGGCAAAAUUUAACAGAUUUAAAGAUAGAAACAAAGUCCGGAAUAGCCAAAGUCAGGAAUACAGAAAUAUGUAAAUAUGAAUAAACAAGCCGGGUCAGGAUAAUAGAACUACUCAAAGUCCAAACGAAGCCAAGGUCAAUAACAGAAAUCACAAGAGGGCAAUGAAUAAGGGCCAGAACAAUUAUUUUUUAGGUAAUGUGUAUGGAUUGGUGCACAUCAUCUCUGCAACUCCAAAAAGUAUGAGCAUGGGGUCACUUAGAUGACGUUGUCAGUUUAACAGCAGGCGUGACAUCACUAUGUUUAGAGCGGGCAGCGUCCGCAUUUCUACCAGCAGAGGCUAUUAGACGGAGAUUGCAGUGGAGAGAUACGCGGAAUAGGGUAAGUAUAAUUUCUCUUACAGGCCUCAAGCCGCAUGGCUGCUCGGCGUGGAGCAGGUAAUUAUCACCGCAGAGGCAUUGUGGCUACAUUUUACUUUCUACUCGCUCCAUAAAUAAAUAGCCAUCUCAGGAUUUCCUGACAGUCACAUAGUAGAUUACUAGACCUGACAAUCUGAUACACUGCACAGGUUGGAUGCUGGCCACUACCAGUAUCUGGUAAUUUAGUUUUUAUUUAGGGUGUGUGUAUUACUGGAUUCAUGUUUUUUCCCAUAUGUGUUGAUUUUGGAAAACGAUCAAAGUCUUGUUUUAAUCUUUUCUCUUUGUACCCAUUUCUCCUUUAUUUCAUUAUUGUACUUGUUUCCAUGAUCUCAUUUUUGCAGCACAAAUAUUCUUACAUUCAUUGUAAAUAAAUGUAUGCUGGUUACCAGUGAAAGUAAGACUUAAAUGAUCUAAUUUUGAACUAUGCAAACAGUGAGAUAAAGCUCCUGUGGGCCACAUGAUACCUUAUGUUUUUGUGUUUUUUUUUUUAUCUUAAAAGUACAUGGAUGUUGUUGAAGUAGGACACUUUAAAUAAUCCACUAUUUCCCCCCAAAAAAACAAAACAAAAACAUAACCCUUUUUUUUUUUUUUUUUUGCUUACUUUUGUCCCUGGGUCUUAUUUCAUUGCAUGGCAAUCAAGCCAAAAAAAUGCGAAACUGUCACUGAUGUCUAAUUCAUUUUAAUACAAUAAAGAGAGAGGAACAGCGCUUGGAAUAAAUUAAAUAUACAUAUGAAAGAAGAGCCAACGUCUAGUUCAUAAAUCUUGAGUACAAAACAAGAGACAAAUAAUGGUGCAAUACAGUGCACCAUUAUUUGUCUCUUGUCUUGUAUUCAAGAUUUAUGAACCAGAAGUUGGCUCUUCUAUCGGUUAUUUAAUGUAUUCCAAGCACUGUUCAUCUCUCUUUAUUCUAUUUUUACUGUAUGUGUCACAAAGCUGAGGGAACCCCUUGUUGGUGAAUUGGUGCUGUUUUUAAUGAUAGUGAGCGCCUAUCAAAUCCCCUUUUUUACUUCAUUUUAAUACAAGUUUACACAUAAACUUUUAUAAGAAAAAAUAUUGCGUAUUGGUGACAGUUUGUCUUUUCAUAUGUUCCGCAGUAAUUCAAAAGCUUUAUCAGGUUUUUUUCGUGUUUGAAUGCAAAAAGUGCACAUUUGUUUUUGUACUUUUCUAAAGUAUCAUUGUUUGCAUCAAUUAAAUUUAUUCUUCUCCUUUAGUGCAAAAAUUGUUGUCCAUCUACAUCCUCCCACCCCGAACAAAGAACCGGGUCCCUACCAGAACAGCCGCUUCUCCUAUGUCAAGAUGUCCUUUAGAGAACAUGGUCAAAUAGAGGUAAACUGAAACCCCUUUAUUUUGCAUUUCAUCACAAACUGGUAAUACAGUAGAGAACAAACAAAUGGAAGGCAUUGUUUCUUCUCCUUAUAAACUAUUAUUUAUUCAUCGCUGAACAUAGAAACAUAGAAACAUAGAAUGUGACGGCAGAUAAGAACCAUUCGGCCCAUCUAGUCUGCCCAAUUUUCUAAACAGCCACGCAUUAUUGAUUGCCACGCAUUAGACACAUAUAUCCUUAUUGGGGGAUUAUACUACUGCAUGGUAUUAAAGCGGCACUGUCAUGCCGAAUCCUGUUUUUGUUUUGUUUGUUUUUUUAACCCCCCUCCGGCCUCCACUAUCUCUAACUGACACCCUAGUCACCCCCAAAUGCCCCUAAGCCCCCCACAUUACCUAUUUUUGUAUCUUUAUUUUCUGACCCGAUCUUUAUUCAGGGCGCAGCCAUCUUUGUGUGGGUAAAUGAAGUCCCUGUGGGACACGUCAUCAGCCCACACUAGAUAGCCUGUGAGAUUCCCGCACAUGCCCAGUGAAACACCUGGACAUGCGAACGGGAAUUUCAUCUAUUCAAUUAUCAGACAGACGAAUAAGUGAAUAGAAAUAUCAGACGAACAAACAAACACUGAGUAUCAGUGUUUGUUUGUUCGUUCAGUUUAUUACAAGGAGGGAGCUACCUGCGCACAGCUCCCUCCUUGUAAUAUGUAAAGAUAGAAGAGGCAGGGAGCAGUGCUCCCCACCACUUCAUAAGCCCCCCAGACCCCCCCUCACUCUAUGGGGGUCAAUAUGACCCCCAUAAUAGCAUAAGGGAGAUUAAAAUCUCCCCAAUGCCCCUACUCGCUAUACCGCGAGUAGAGGCAUUUCCACUUACAGUGGUCACUGUAAAAAAACAAAACAAAGAAAAACUAUUGGCCCCCACCCCUAAACGACGGGUGGGGCCCUAAAGUAAAAUAAAGGGGGAGACCUAUUGUCCCCCCCUGGCCCCCACCCCUGGGUGGCGGGUGGGGGCCAUAAUGAUAAUGGGGGGGGACUUACUGCCCCCCCGGCCCCUACCCCUGGGCGGCGGGUAGGGGCCAAAUGAUAAUGAGGGGGUGGGGAACCUACUGUAACUGACAGAACUCUAACCUGUAAAAUAAAAUUAAACUUACCAUUCGACGUCUUCUUUUUUCUCAAAUCUUCAUUUUUCAGCCCUAAAAAAGGCCAAAUAAAAAACCAUCAUAACCGUCGAACUUAAAAUAAAAUAAAAAUCCAGAGCGCAAAAAAAAAAAAACAGACGAAAAAGAAAAAACCAGAGCACAAAAAAAAAUCCAUCUUCACCCAUGGAGGGCUCCGCGCAGACUGAACUCCGCAGGGCGGGGAAGGCUUAUAAAGCCUUGCCCCGCCCUGCAAUUAGGCUAAGAACACUCUGAUUGGUGGGUUUAAGCCAAUCAGAAUGCUCUUUGUCAUUUUACACAGCGUGGGAAAGUUCUUUUGGAAUUUUCACACGCUGUGUAAAAUGACACAGAGCACUGUGAUUGGAUGGAUUUCAAGCCAUCCAAUCACAGUGCUCUGUGUCAUUUUACAUAGCGUGGGGGGUGGACAGUAGGUCACCCCCCCUCAUUAUUUUACACAGCGUGGGGGGGUGGACAUCAUUAUGGCCCCCACCCGCUGCCCAGGGCUGGGGGGGGAGGACAGUAGUUCCACCCCACCCCCAUUAUCAUUUGGCCCCCACCCGCCACCCAGGGGUGGGGGUGGGGGGGAGAGGACAGUAGGUCCCCCCCCCAUUAUCAUUAUGGCCCCCCACCCGCCGCCCAGGGGUGGGGGCCGGGGGGGACAUUAGGUCUCCCCCUUUAUUUUACUUUAGGGCCCCCACCCGUCGUUUAGGGGUGGGGGCCAAUAGAUUUUUUUUUUGUUUUUGACAAAACCAAUUUAGGUCUUUCAGCCUUUUAGUAGAUAACUCCUAAAACCAUGGGAAUUAGGGAGUUAUCUACUAAGCGGCUGCAAGAUGCAGCCACAGCAUGAAUAGGAUUGGAGUUUCAUUCAUUCAAAUGAAAUUGCGAUCCGAAUAAAGUGCCAAAUUGCGUUCUAAAAGAAACGAACAUACUGUUCUCAUUCAGUUAGAACGCAAUUCGGCAGUUUCGUGUAAAAUGACAGGAAGCAUUGUGGGAAAAUUGCUCUGACCAGCGGAAAUGAAGCACACUUUGCUCCUCCGCUGGUCAAGCAGAGGAAUUCUCCAUAAGGCAAAGAGUCCCUACUUUGACUUAAGAUUUUAAAGAAAACUAAAGAAGACAGGAAGAAAAGAAUAACAGAUCCCGAGAGAGGGGGAGAAGAGGAAGAGAUUGAGGAAAGGUAAGUUCGGCAUGACAGUGCCGCUUUUAGACUGGAACUGGUGUGAAGCUCUACGUCAGUUGAGUGGGCGUUCACACAUUUCUUUGUUGUGUGCUCCACUUUUUGAGUCAUACUGAACCAAUGGUGAUAAAGUAGAGCCAAAUAUUUUUUCCAACCCUGCUAUUUUGGCCUCAGGUACUCCGUUAGACUUUCAGUUCACAAUAAUUCACGUUUCAGUGAAUACACCCACCCUUAUAAUAAUUUUCCAGAAGAACCAGUUCCUCCUGUAGUGUUAUGUACUCUUCCUGUUUGAUCAUAUUUAUUAAACUUAGCAAGCUAAGUGAGUUAAUCAAAAAUGCUUAUUAUAUCACAAUAUAUUGGUCAUUUAACUUGCAGUAAAGACUUUUUGGUGUAAUUGCAACCGAGUGUAGCUAAGCCUUCUGAACAUUAAAAGUUGACCAAUACAGUUAUUCAGUGAAUGCAUUUCAUCUCCUUAUUCUUUCUCCCACCUCUGUGAUUGUGUUCAGUUUCAUAGGCGUUUGACAGAAGAGCUAACACAACGAAGAUGGGAGAGGUUAUCUGCAUCCCCUUUAAUCCAGCCAAGCAAAGGUUCUCAGGUAAAGGCUGACACUGACAAGGUUCUCACACAAACACAAUUAUAGUUUUUUACAAUGUUGCAGUUGACAUCACAGCAUGCAUUUUGAUACUUAAAUGUGCUGCCUUAUACAGAACCAAGUCAGACUGUUCUGUGAGGAUUGACGUCACUGCUUCUCAUAGAGAAGCAUUUGAUUGGAACAGCGUGGCGCUUUCCACGCAUACACUUCUUGUCCUUAGUGCUUUUAUAUAAAGAGGCAUUGGAUUGGACAAGACUGGAGGCAGAGCAGGUAGCUGCAAGGAGAGAGUCUUGGAGCCCAAACAAGGUGAGUAAAUCCAUUCUUUUUAUUUUCUAUUUGAUUUAUUGGAACCCAAAAAUGAAAAUGUUUCUCGAACAUUGUAACGGUAGGAAUGUUUGUAUUCCUAACACUAUAAUGUUCUUUUAACUUACUUACUCCUCUCUGUUGGAACAGGGCCCAGGAUCCUUUUUAAUUACAGUAUGAAAAGAAGCUAGGGUUGCCAGAUUCACCAUGUUUUCCUGGACGUGUAUAACUUUUAAUUGCUGAUGGACAGUGAAUGAAAGCUGCUGCCUUGCAGUAUGUUGAAUUCAUAUGUCACAUAAAGAGCUGAUUUCUAAAACAUUAUUUCAGAUGUGUAGCUUUCUUUUAUGUUAUACAUUGUGCAUGUGUCAAACACUAUUAAUUUCAAAAAAAUACCUUGCCAUUAACUUUAAACAACUAAUGCAUGUUUUUUUACAUUAUUUUUAUUUCUCUCUAGACUUCUUGUUUCCCAUCUUUAUUUGCAUCUAAAAUAAAUAAAUUCUGGUUAGAAAACAGUAAAUGUGUAGAUUUUCCUCCUAUUUUGUUUGCUGUUUAUAUAUUCAUGUGCAACUGAUAAGGUUGUGGUUUUUAAUAAUAAUGUCAAUGUAUAUAUCAGUAGUUAUUAAUGUUAAACAAUACAUAUUUACAUCCUGCGAGGUAUUAUAAUACAAUUCACAAGCAGCAGCUCCCCUGUGAGAAAACUCAACUGUUUCCUUCCUCAGGGUGGACGAAUUAAAGCCGUCGGCAUUGUUGGCAUUGAGAGGAAACUGGAAGAAAAAAGAAAAGAGACUGACAAAAACAUUUCCGAGGUUAGUGCACAACAGUGUGUGUGUCAGCGUCAGACACGCGUUCAUAACUCAGUGUGCAAGGUUUAUUGUCUGUCACUAGAUUGGUGAAGUAUCAUGGAGCCUACAAAAUAUGCUGGUGCUUUACAAAUGUGAAUUCAGUGGAGAACGCUGUUUAAAGUGUACUUAUCAUGCAUAACUGCAAUGUGGUAGACCACUCUUAAAAUUGCAAAUAUAUCAAUUUAACACAUUUACAUCAUAGAAAUAUGAUAUAAGAAAUAUUUGGCGGCAUUGCAAGUGGUCCUUGUCACCUUGAAUCUGUUACAGCGGCCAUCUUGAGGUAGGUUGCGAAAAUAUACCCAACCAGAAACAACAAUUGAAAGUAGUCAAUGGGGAAGCUUGUCUAGUGGCUGUCAUUAAGAUGAAGUGGUUGUGGUGUUUAGCGUGUCCUUUUAAUAUGCAUUAAAGUAAAACAUAAUGCAAGUGGAAAGCUUGCUGGCGGGAUAAUUGUGGAAACAUGCUUAUCUAUAAAUUAUGUGGAUGGCAAGUUCAUCUUGAGGUAGGCAUAGAUUGGAUAGAGAUGGGUACAGGGUGACAAGGAAAAGUAAAUGCAGUUAUAUUGAAAGUUUAUUGUUCAAAACAAUAGAAAAGCGUAGCAUUAGAAAUUGAUGUGUGUUACACAAUUGCAUUGUUUUUAAAUAGGACCAAGAGAGAAAAAAAAAAUCAGUCAUUUUUUCUUAACUCCUUAAGGACCAAACUUCUGGAAUAAAAGGGAAUCAUGACAUGUCACACAUGUCAGGUGUCCUUAAGGGGUUGAACACAUAAAGUUUGAGGUGAAUGUUUCAAGGGGGCAUUCGAAAGCAACACUACAGUUCAAUAUAGUGAAUAUAUUGCUCAAAUUCUCUGAACCCAGUCCCCAGGUUUUAUGUCAAGCGUAAUAGAGGAGCACUAUAAUGUUAUUCCUAAACGUGUAUUCUUAAUGGUAUAGUAUCCAUUUCCUUACUUGUAUUAAGGUCCCCUCUACAUGCAAUAACAAUAGAAAAAAGUUUUACUUACUUUUUUCCAGUGCCGAGGCUCCCUCUCGGUUCUGCUGACCUCUCUACCUCCCGUGACGCCACAGAGAAGGCAAGGCCUCCUCCGCAAUGGUUCAGUCCAAUGACUAGAGGAUAUAAGGGUAAGGCACGCAUGCAAACUUCCCCAUAGGAAAGCAAUGAAUAAAUGGUCUCCUGUGGGGGCUUCCGUGUCAUGUGACAAAGUUUUACUCAGUCAGUACCGCACAAGCGCCUCUAGUGGCUGCGAGUAUUUCAUCCACUAGAAGUGGGCUUAACCCUGAAAUGUAAACAUUGCAUUUUCAAAAAAAACUGCUGUUUUACAUUGCAGAGUUGUAAGGACAGGACCACUUCAUUGAGAUUUCACUAUAGUGUCCCUUUAACAAAGCCCAGGGCUUUCCACAGCAACUGAAGGCCUUUCCUAUCCUCAGCCAUAUUAUCACUUUUUCAGAAUGAACACUUCUACAUUAUCAGUUACAAUUUUGUUUAGUUUUGACGAAGGUAAUUGAUUGGGAAUGGGGCAUACAGUUCAGAUGUAGAAAACCCCUGCUUCCUGCAGCAGAAAAGACUGAAUCCAUGUUGUAUAGGCCAAACAUACUGAAAGCUAAUGAUGCGGUGGGUAGAAAUCACAGUAGUCUGUUGACAUGCAGGAUACCCAGAAGCUGGCUGUGCUAUAAUUAAUGAUUGAAUUUAAAAUGGCUCUUCCAGUUUCCUGCAUGUGCUGCCUGUUACUGAUAAGGAUGUAGUCCUGCCACAUUGUGUUUAUCUACGGAAAUUCCUGUUAGGUGUGUGCUUGUAUUCCUUUGUCCUUACUGCUCUGUUUCAGUCAGCGAUGAGUUGAGGCAUGCUAUUAAUUAGCUAUAACAAUGUGCAGAACUUUAUUUGAAGUGAGAGACCGAACUUUAAUGUCAUACACAAGCACUUUCUUUUAACUGUGAAGUAUCUUGCACCGGGGAGCCUAUUCUGUAAACACCCAGUUGUAGCGAAAUGAAAACUAAAAUGAAACAUUUAGCUUGAUUUGAUCAAAUUCUCCAGCUUCUCUUUGCUUACAUGUUGCCUAUUUUAGCCUUGAUUUUGCAGCUAGAUGUACAAUUCAUGUCUAGUAUUCUUUUUUGUUUUGUUUUUUUUAGUUUCUUUGUGUUUGCAUUUUUAUAAAAAAAAAUUUUAUAAAUCCGUUUGACAAAAGAAAAAACAUGUCUCUGGUAACGGUCAAAAACAAUCAUGAUUUGUACAGUGUAAAAUGUCAUCACAAGCGUAUACUACACCCACCUAUACUACAGCCAUUUUUAUUUUAUUUUAUUUAUAAAAUAUUUUACCAGGAAGGAUACAUUGAGAUUUCUCUUGUUUUCAAGUAUUUUCUGGGCCCACAAACACUGCAUUGUUACAAUAGGUUACAAUAUAAUAUUACAAAAAAAAAAAUACAAUAUACAAUUUAUAUAUACGUAUACACAUAUAUAAAUGUAACACAUAACAGGUAAUAAAUAUAGCCAACCGUGACAGGUGCAUUCUGUGCUGAGAUAUAUUGCCAUAGAUCUCUUUCAACGAUUUUAGAUUGAAUGAAGAUUUGACUGUUCCCUGAGGUUAUUCCAUAAUUGUGGUGCUCUGUAGGAAAAGGAGGAUCGAGCCACUUUUUUUUUUGUAUUGCGGUAUGCUAAAUAAAGUGCUAGUACUGGAUCGGAGGUUAUAGGAGGUGGGAACAGAUAGGGUGAAAAUUCUCUUAGUAAUGCAGACAUUAUACAUGCCUUAUCCAGCUAAUAUCCCAGAAGUGCAGACUACAAAUGGCCCAUAUAUAUUGUCAACAUGAUGCCUGAGAUAGGUCACUUUGCUUUUGAAAUCCAUCUGUCAUUGAAUAAUGCUAAGUUUCUAAACUUACGCUAACGACUGGGUCCCACUACCUAGUACUGAUAGGUUUUGUAAUCUUUACCUUGCCGGUCUCAUUAGUUGCUGUUUUCUUUUACAUGAUUAAUGCUGCUGCUACUACUAAUUGCUACAGCACUAAUACUGCCAGCAUUUUUAUUUUCAGGCUUUUGAAGAUCUUAGCAAGUUGAUGGAAAAGGUACGUGGAAGCCCUUAUGUUUAUCAGACCUCAGAGGUGCUGUUUCCUGUCCACUGUCGUUAUAAUAGUUUACCUUGAUUAUUUUUGCAGGCCAAGGAAAUGGUGGAGCUGUCUAAAUCAAUAGCUAACAAAAUCAAAGAUAAACAAGGGGACAUCACAGAGGAUGAGGUAACUAAAGAUAUAUGUCUACCUGAGAAAAUAUUUCUCUGCAUUGGCUGCCAGUGUAAACGGUGAAGAAUAACAUUACAAUAUUUAUAUCAGACCCAAAUCCAAAACUAACAUUUGUAUAAAAGAGUGGUUUGGAAAAAUACUUGGUAAUAGUUGGUUACUUUCUAUUUUAUUUUUUUACACUUUCUUUAUAGAAUUGUCAGAAAUAUAACUUCUAAGUAACAGUUCUCAUAAUACAAGUUAGCUAUAGAAUCCAUCAUUUCAGUACAAAAUCUUGGAAACUUUAAUAUAGAAAGGAUUUAUACUUGAUAGUGUAAGAUUUAGUAACUUUGGAAUAACUUGGGAGAGGGUUGGACCAUACAUUUAGUUAGUAACUUAUGUUCUUUUAAAUAUAUAGAUAUAAAACAAUGUGUAGUUUGCUAAAAUGGAAUAUGUAUAAAAUUAUUUAACUGUUCUGCACUGAAAUUACACAAUAAUUAAAAAAAAAAAAAAAACUAAAGGAAGAUAUUUGCCUCCAGGGUUACUUACACAGAUAAUCACACUUACAGUGAGAUGACCAUAGUACCCGCCAUGUUGAAAGGGUUAAAAACCCUUUAAGGCACUCAAUGUCAUCCUCGAGGUCCCUUGACACUGACUCCUUCCCUUCCAACAUCACAGUGAUGGAGGAACCUAAUGCCCAAGCGCGGCGAGCGCCGUGCACACCUUAGGCCUUCCUCAUAGAAAAGCAUCCAUCCAGUGCUUUCCUACGGGUGAUUUGAAAACGCUGAUGCAAAGCAUCAGGAUGUCCAGCAUCAUUUCACGGCAUUAAACUCCAUGAAAAGUCAGGAAGUGCCUCUUGUGACUUUCUGGAAGAUAACCACUAGAGGUGCAGUUAAACUUGCAGUGUAAUUAUUGAAGCUUCUCUGAAACUGCAGUGUUCUGCGGACACUGCACUCAGACCACUUCAAUGAGAUGAACUGGUCUGGGUGCCUAGAGUGUCCCGAUAAACAGCUUCCAGAGACUCUCCACAAAUUUAGGCUUUUCUGCAGUCACCUCCAAAGGGGGCACCUAUAUUGUUGGGUUCUCUGCUAAUUCUAACAGGGGAGAUAAACAUUCUAAAUUAGGUAAUUAUUGCUUAUACAGAUGCAAAGACUCCCCUCUUUAGAGCGUCCCUUUAAUAUCAUGUUUAUCUCCCAUGUUAAAAUUAAUAUAGGACCCACUAAUAGUGUUGGGUGAUGUAGUGGUGCAACCAAAUCCCCAUAUUUGUUUGCUACUUUUUGUGUGUAUGCGGUUUGUUAAUUUGUAUUUUGUAUAUGAUCCAUCUCUGUUAGAAAAAGCACAACAUUGGGACUUUGCCAUUUUUCCAGCACCUGUGGGAUGGAGUUUACCCUCUACCCCCCAUGACACAUCUAGUUUGAUACUAUUGCCAUUUUCUCACUUCUAACAUGUAUUAUCUGAUAUUUUGGGGGGUUGUUUAAUGGAAGGAGCAUUGUUUAGUAGAAGGGUCACCUGAUAAUUGUGUGCUUACUUUAACCCAUAAGUAAAUUUGUCUCAGAAUCUUGCAAACAAUGACCGUGAUCUCUUCACGCUGUAAAUCAAAUCCCUAGUAAGGACACAGUCUUUAGAUUGUUAAGUUCUGUAAAUAUCACAUUGUUUUAAACCCCAACUUUCCUAGACCAUCCGCUUUAAAUCCUACCUACUGAGCAUGGGAAUAAUGAAUCCAGUUACCCGGGAAACGCACGGAUCUGGGACACACUAUCACAUGCAACUGGCUAAACAGCUGGCAACGAUGCUACAGACACCUCUGGAGGUAAUCUCAUACUACAACAUACGUAACAUAUAAUACGCCACUAGAUUGCUGUAGUGAAACUCUAUAAAUAAUGUCUCAUCAGUAUCAUAAAACUAUACUAGCAGUGGCAAACAUUUUCUAGAGCUGUUCUGUAUCUUAUGACACUCAGCCUGUUGACUGCCUGAGAACUAUGGAAUGUCCAAAAUUAAACCUUAACUAAACUAAGCAGUUUUCUUAAUUCUUUUUUUUUUUGUUUUAUUAAUUUAUUUUCUCUUAAAACAGAUUAGAAAUGUCCUUUCAUUAGUAUGCAUUUUUAUUGUUUUCUGAGGUUUUUUUUUUUUUUAUUGUUGUUCAGGAGCGAGGUGGCAUAAUGUCUCUUACUGAAGCUUACUGUCUAGUAAACCGAGCUCGGGGCAUGGAGGUAAAUCAUAAUUCAUAACCUUUAUAUUAAUUUCAGCGGGUAAAGACACAUGUAAGAUUGUGUCCUAAAGGGGCGAAGAAAUACCGGUAGUUAACUUUUGUAUAUCUCAUCUUCCAAGCUUGUAUAGGUACAUUGUUUGCACUCUCCAGACUUCCUGGAUGCUCUCAGUUGCACAUGCCAAUGCAUAUGGCUUGUUGUAUGCUAUUUGUAGCCUGAACCCAUCAAUCAGUUAUUCUUAAAGGAACAUGCUAGCUUUAAAGUUAAUUUUAAAGUUAUUGUUCUCAUUUUAGAUUACUGGGCGCUCCAUCUUUUAAAUAAAAAAAAAAAAAGAAGGAAGCAAGUUUUCUCUGUGUAUUUGCUGUGUCUGUUCCUAAAUCAUCAAUCCUGAUAAUCGGAAUCCAAUCCAACCUAAAGUACAUGCUCAGGAGUCAACACAGUCUGCCAAUUAGAUGCUUCUCAUAGAAAAUCUGAGAAGCAUUCACAAUGUUCAGUGUCAUCCUGCUGUGCAUGAUGACGCUGAAGGUGAAGAACUUUGAUUUUCUAGGAAGCACCUCUCGUGGAUCUCAUUCUGAUAGCUAAUAGAGAAUUGGUUUUGAGCAAAUCUAAACAUUGUCCAAACAAUAAAAUGGAGGGCACAAGGUCUUUGCAUCGAAUCCCUUCAUUAAAAUAAAGUGAUUUUGGAGCUUAGAGUGUUCCUUUAAUAUGUUUUUAUAUGUUUUCAUGGUGCCUACCCAGUGACUGGUACUGUCAGUAUUUACAGUGCAGCUCCAGGUCAGGAUGCCUCCUGCAUUCUAUUCUAUUCGAUCUGUCCUUGCAGCUGUUCGCUGCUUCUUCCAGUGUGCCCUUCCCUUCCACUUCCUCGACAGGCUCCUUACACAGCAGAUUCUGCGCUAAUAAGAUAGUAACUUGCUCACAUGGAACUGCAUUAAAAUUACUGAACUUUAGACUGGCAUAUUUACUGUAAUCUAAUGCACACCUUAUUCGCAAAAUAAGGUUUCCAAAAUUUAAAUUCGCAUUUGCAUCACUGCAACAGAGAUCUGAGACUUGGUUUCUGUGUACAGUAAACAUUUACAUUGCAUCCUUGUCACAAUGCAAAUUUCGCCCCGAUCACAGGGUAGUUCCUCGCUUGUUGACCUAUAUUUUGUAUAGUAGUAUCUUCUUAUACAAAGGCACAUUACAUUCGCCAGCAAAUUUUUUUUUCGUCUUCCACGUAUCAAAAUUUGAAUGCACAUUAGAUCCGAGUUAAUAUGGUAUAUAUGUAUUCAAAACAAAUAAAUCCUUCGAAACUGGAUUAAAAAAAAAACACAGCACGACUUAACAAGUUCUGACACAUAGCUGUUGACCUAUAAUGUGCAAGACACUACAGGUUAGAUAAUAGUCACCGAGAGAGGGGAUUACAUAUAAAAAUCAGUGUAGUUACCUUAACUAAUAUAUAGCUUUAUACUGUGAUUUUGGCGUUGCCCUGUGUCUUUAUGAAGAGACAUGUUUGUAAUUGGAUAUUAUGGUUAGCCACAUAGAUCAUAUGUUAAAUAUAUUCUAUUUAACUGGAACAAUCUGACACUGUGGAAUGUGACUGACAUCAUAGUAAUUGUGGAACCUGUAGUUCAACAUGGAAAAGCAUUACAACUUUGUGGUAUAAGCUUUUUUCUCCUGGUAUGAGUGUUAAAGCAUAACAUGUCAUGAUUGAACACUGAACGCAUUCCUGGAUUACCUGCAUGUGUGAAGGUUUUUUUUUGCAACACCUAUCCCUAUGUCAUAUCCACCCUACAGCACCUAUUAUGGCUCUCUUUAUGUUCUUUAACAGUUGCUGUCACCGGAGGAUUUGGUAAAUGCUUGCAGAAUGCUGGAAUCCCUGAAACUCCCUCUUAGGUAAGAAACACAUACAGCUCACCCUGAGACAUUUACUACUGCUUUUGUUUAGCGAGGGUAAAAACACUGACUGUGAUUCCUAUGAGUCAGAAAACACUUUCCUUCCCAGCGUCAAAACAAACAUGGACUUGGCAGGCUCCUCUGUGAAAUGGAGAAUUAAGGUCUCCUCAAUGACUUGCUUCCUGCCCAGCUUCCCCUGCAAAGGCCGUUUUUCCCCGAACAAUAAGACAAAUACAAAUGGCCAAAUCUACAGACCUUAAAGACUUUUAUAUGUAACAAUCGCUACUUUGUGUUUUGUUUAUCUUGUUUCCAGCCAUUUUUGUAUUUUCCUAAUACUUAUUGUUCGGGGGUCUCUAAUAUAUUGGAGUGUUGACUUUUUUAAGGUUUUUCAUUAAAAGAAUCCUAAAUUAAUAAUAUAUGUAAGCAAUAAUAUUUAUUUUGUACAUGUUUACUUAUCAUUUAUGUAUCAUUUCACAACAUACAAUUCAGUGCACGAGGAUGUAGCAUUUUACAUCCUAUUCAGUUCAAUAAAAAUGUGUUUGUAUUGUCCUUUAGUUUAAUUUAUGUUUUGUGUCAAACUGUAUAUUGCUUGUUAUCCCACCAAGAAUUGCACCUGUCAGACAGGUAGGACAUGUUAUCCAAGACAAGUUACUGGCCAGUUUAUUUAUGUUUUUAGCUAUCAUUAGCUGUCAUUAUACAGGUAUUUUGUUUAGUGUGACUACUGGCGAUAACGCAUUGCUCCCACAUUGCUGAGACCCCAUAUAACCUUGUGUGCGGCUGUGUGCUAGGCAUUGUGUGUCGAAAUAGUUACAACUAUCCCUCUUUAAACACAUCCUAAGUGUAUAGAGUUCAAUGGAGCAGUCCUGAUUUGGGACACGUCCUGUAACCCCAUCUCAUUUCUCUGUGACUCCUGAGAAAUAAACACCAAAACAUGCGUGUGUGAGCUUCUCAAAGAACUUGCACUCCAUGCACUAUACCAUCUUGAGAACUGUAUACAUGCCGAAGCUCUCUCACAGCUUUUCUCUGUGUCUGCCGGAUGGGGAAAUGUGUCUCUGCUCCAUAGUUGUGCAGUCUGUGUUAACAAUCAAAUGGGUAAGAAACGUCUCAAAGGAACACUUUAACCCAGUAGAUAGUUUUUCAUAUUCUUGGCUUUUAUCAGUUUUAUGCCGAGGGUUCUCACUGUUACUUGAACAGAGGCAAUAAGUACAGAAAUGGUGAGCUCCAAUGAAAGAACUGAUGUAUUGAAGUUAUGAAGGAAAUUUGAUGUACCGUAAAAUAAAUCAUAUAUUCAUUAAUAGGACUGAAACAUUUGUAAAUAGGGAAGUCUAUUUUAUGCAUAUUUUGAGUUGUGAUCUACAUUACUGUCCUGUUAACAUGUUGUAAGCCUGUUACUUGGAUACCAGGGAAAACCACAACCAGAAGUAUAUUUUCUCUACAAACAUCUACCAUCUAAUCACACCAGUUUAAUCAAGAUAUUUUCCUUUUUAGGCUUCGAAUUUUUGACAGUGGUGUCAUGGUGAUUGAACUUCAAUCUCAUAAUGAAGAGGAAAUGGUUGCUUCAGCUUUAGAAACGGUUUGUAAAUUCUAAAUUCUACAGUGUCACUGUAAUGCCCCCUCCUCCCCAAUGAUAUGUAGAAGAUAAAAUUCCUAUGAAAUACUCACAUUGACUGUGUUAGAAUUUCACUAAAAUUCCAAACCAGUCAAAAGAUAUUCUAAGACAAAGUAGUGACUAUUGUGUCUUCCUAUUUUUCCUACAUUUGACAACCUUACGUAUAACACCUUGCCCCUUGACCACCGCACUGCCAGAAGAGCAGAUACCAUCUACACUCUUUGCAAAUGAUGCAAAGACUUCAGAUGGUGACAGAGCUGCUUUAAGCCCAUCACCUUACAGACCACAUUGCUGAUGGCAUCCAUUUUGUCUUGAUUUGCAUGGCUUCCCCAUCUCCAUUAAUUAAUUUGUGUAAGUAAGAAAUGAAUGACUAAAUAAUAAUGUCUUCACAAUAGCAUGCCCCCCCCAAAAAAAUAGGGUUCAAAAGUAAAUUUGAAUUCGCAAACUACACAGUGCUAAUAUCUUUUUGGUCUUGCCUGUGUAAUCCUUUCCCCAUUGAUCCUCAUUAGAAGUAUUGACAUUUUUAGUGUAAUAAUGAAAAUGGCAUAAGGUAUACAUUCUAAUCAAACAAUAAUAUAGUAUUAAUUCCAGUACAGAUCUUUUAAAAAUAACACCACUACUUUCAGAGUCCUUAAAGAAUAAUCUGUCAGUUUAUAGUGUGACAUGCUUAACGUAUAGCAUUUUGUUCCCACCAGGUAUCUGAGAAAGGCUCAUUGACAUCUGAAGAGUUUGCCAAGAUUGUAGGAAUGUCAGUUCUCCUAGCUAAAGAAAGGUAUUUUAAUUUGCAUAACUUUUUUUGCUGCGUACUUCAUUCUGGGUUAUUACCAUUUGACAUUUUCAUGUUUUCCCUUGGGCAGGUUGUUACUGGCUGAAAGCAUGGGGCACCUCUGCAGGGAUGACUCCGUAGAAGGCUUGCGCUUUUAUCCAAACCUCUUUUUGACCCAGGCUUAAUGACUUGACAGACAUAUGCACAGAUUGAAAAACAAGGGCGUUGAUUAAGGACACCAUGCUGUCAGUGUGAAUUAUCAUGAUGAUGAUUGUCCUAACUGAGCAUUACAGUUUCUUACGGGAGUUCUCCAGAAAGAAGGAUGCCAACACAAGAAUGGAUUUUCUUAUACUGUGUAACUGGGAGCGCACUGUGUUGGGAUUGAUCUUAAUGCAAUUAUGUUUCAUAUUGGGUGUAAGAUGUAUUUUCUAUGUGAUUAUAAAUAAAAAAAAUUAUCUGAAAUACAGUCCUGCUUUAAUGUUCUGUAUUUAAUAAACAGAUAUUUUAAUAAUGUC